UUAACAUUAAAGUCAAUGGGGAAAUCAUUAGUGGUCUGUGGCCAUCUAGGUGGUACUGGAUAACCGUUAGUAUGAAAAUAUUUAGCACGAAUUUGAAGAUCCAGUAUUGUGCCGAAUGUCAUGUGAAGAUCCAGUAUUGUGCGCUUGACGGUGGGGAUUUUGGAGAAAGAAAAAGUAAUAAAACUUAAAAAUGAAGGGUAUUAGUGUCAAGAAAUUUGGUGGUCCUGAGGUUUUGACUGUAGAUAAUAAUCUUCCAAUUCCAUCCUUCACUGAAGAUGAGCUGUUGAUUAAAGUGUCGGCAGCAGGUAUCAAUCCAGUUGAUACUUAUAUUAGAACCGGCACCUUCCCAAACCCACCGUCUUUACCAUACACACCCGGCCUUGAUGCUGCUGGCGUCGUAGAAAAAGUUGGCAAAAAUGUUAAAAACUUUAAGGUUGGAGAUCGUGUAUUUACCACAUGUUCACCUGGAUCUGGUACCUAUGCUGAAUAUACAGUUUCCAGUCCUUUAUAUGUUGCUCACUUAGGAGAUACACUUAGUUUUGAAGAAGGAGCCGGAAUUGGAAUUCCAUAUUACACGGCUUAUAAAACACUUUGUAUAUUAAUUCGUGCCAGAGCAGGAGAGACAGUAUUGGUACAUGGUGCCAGUGGGGCUGUUGGAAUUGCCAGUGUGCAGUUGGCCAAAUCUAUAGGGUUAAAGGUCAUUGGAACAGCUGGUACAACUGAUGGAAUGAAGCUAGCUAAAGACAAUGGGGCUGAUUUUGUAUUCAAUCACAGGGAAGAAGGGUACAUGAAAAAAAUAACCGAUGCUGCCCCAGAAGGAAUAGAUAUUAUACUGGAAAUGUUGGCUAAUGUUAACCUAGAUAAGGAUCUGGAUAUGAUCAAAAUACGAGGACGAAUUGGGAUUAUUGGAUGUCGAGAGGAAGUAAAGAUUUCUCCUAUUAAAAUCAUGUUUAAAGAAUGUGUUGUUACUGGUGUUAUCCUUCUACACACAACAGAGUGUGAAUGGAGAGAAAUGCACGGUGCUCUCGAAGCAGGCAUAAAAUAUGGCUGGCUUAAACCCCAUAUUGGGUUGACAUAUACACUAGCCCAGGCUCCUCAAGCUCACGAUACGGUUAUAAAUAAUUCUGGUACCAUGGGCAGAAUUGUGCUUCAAAUAUAGAUGAACUCUUAUAUUAUAUUGCUUAAAAUAUAAAAGGACAAUUGGAGCAGGUUGGCACCAACAUUGAUUUAACCUAAAUCUGAUAAUGGAUAGAAUCGUGGUUGUCAUUACAUUUUAUGUGGUCAGAAGAAAGAUUUAUGUGUGCUACUGCUACUUGUAUUUGGAAAAUUUACAAAUUGGACAUACUUCUUAUGAUGUAAAUAAUUAUCAGGAAUCAGUUUAUGUCGACAUUGAUUCAAGCUACCAAUUAAUCAUACUGUCAUCGAAUCAGACUAGAACUUGUUCGUUGAAAUUUGUAUUGUUGUGUUUUGUUCCUCUCUUUAUUAAAAAUAUGAACAAAAUGAAGCCUUGAUUAUAAUUUUGUAAUGUCAUAUGAAAUGAAAUGGGGUUUAACUCCCACAUCUCUGUAAUAACUGGCUAAUGAAGACAAGGUACACUUUAGUAUCAGUGAAUACUAUAAAGUGUCAUUACCUUGUCUUCAAUCAGUAUAUGAUUUGUUUGCAAUUCAUUUUCAUAGAACUGAAAUAUUACCCAGAUUAAAAUGUUACAACCAACGGCCUAGAUCAUAGACCCACCUCUCGA